UAUCCUCACUUCACUCUCUUCUCUCUCUCUCCCUCCCUCUCUCUCUCUCUCUCUCUCUCUCUGACUCUUCUCUGCAGACAUCACUGCGGCGCUUCCGCCGCCGGGAAACACCUCAGACCUAUCACAGCUCCGGCGACCACAUCUCCGAUGAUUCCCUACUCCGAUCCCUAGCUCCCUUGAUCUCCACAAGCACUUUCCACCGCUAUCAUUCUCCAUAUCCAUCUUCUACUUCGUCAUCAUCUUCUUAGCUUUAUUUCAGAUCCGUUCUCCUGGGAUUCGCGAUGCAAAAAUCGAGGAAUAACGACGCAUUCAUGGAUUACAGAACCAUCUUAUGAGAAUCUCUUUGCCGAAUCCAUCGAAAUCCAAAUCGGAGCAGCUACUGCUACCUGUGGUGGAUCGCAAUCCUUAGGGUUAGGGUUCCAGCUCAAAUUUCCGGCAAAAUGUUGAAGAAAUUCAUGGGAGGAGGGAACAAGAAGCCCUCCAAGUCUGACUCCGCCGAUGCUAUCGCCGGCACCGGCAACAAUGUCGUCGUCAACCACGCCUCCCGUGGAGCUUUACCUGCGCCGGCGCCAAAUUCCGCUGGAAUACCGUCUGCUCCGCCUCCACCGUCUGGUGUCAUGGAGGUCCUGCCGGCGUUCCGCGACGUUCCGGUGGGGGAACGGCAGAAUCUGUUCCUCCGUAAGCUUCAGGUUUGUUGCUUCGUCCUCAACUUCUCCGACACGCUGAAGAACGUUAGAGAGAAGGAGAUCAAGCGGCAAACGCUGAUGGAGCUCGUUGAGUUCAUCCAAUCUGGCUGCGGAAAAUUAUCGGAGAAUUGCCAAGAAGAAAUGAUUCGAAUGAUUUCGGUUAACAUUUUCCGGUGCCUCCCUCCGGCGUCGUACGAGAACACCGGGCAAGAAGCCACCGACCCCGAGGAGGAGGAACCUUCUAUGGAUCCCGCUUGGCCUCACUUGCAACUCGUUUACGAGCUUCUCCUGCGAUACGUUGUUUCUUCAGACACCGAUACGAAGGUUGCGAAACGGUACAUUGAUCACUCUUUCGUGUUGAAAUUGCUUGAUUUGUUUGACACAGAGGACCCUAGGGAGCGUGAGUAUCUGAAAACUAUACUUCACCGUAUAUAUGGAAAAUUCAUGGUUCAUAGACCGUUUAUUAGGAAGGCGAUUAAUAAUAUAUUCUAUCGGUUUAUAUAUGAGACUGAGAGGCAUAGUGGAAUUGGUGAGCUUUUGGAGAUUCUUGGUAGUAUUAUUAAUGGAUUUGCAUUGCCAAUGAAGGAGGAGCAUAAGUUGUUCCUUGUGAGGGCUUUGUUGCCUUUGCAUAAGCCUAAAUCGCUCGCCAUGUACCAGCAGCAGUUGUCUUACUGCAUUACUCAGUUUGUUGAGAAGGAUUUCAAGCUUGCAGAUACCGUUAUUAGGGGCUUGCUCAAGUACUGGCCUGUUACCAAUUGCCAGAAGGAGGUUCUCUUCCUUGGAGAACUCGAGGAAGUGCUCGAGGCCACGCAGCCUGCCGAGUUCCAGCGCUGCAUGGUUCCCCUUUUUAGACAGAUUUCCCGCUGCCUCAAUAGCUCUCACUUUCAGGUUGCCGAGCGGGCUCUCUUUUUGUGGAAUAAUGAGCACAUUGUGAGCUUAAUUGCCCAAAACAGAGCCGUAAUAUUACCAAUAUUAUUUCAUGCACUAGAGAAAAAUAUAUCGAGUCAUUGGAACCAGGCUGUUCACGGGCUUACUAUGAAUGUUCGCAAGAUGUUUUUGGAAAUGGACGCUGAGUUGUUCGAACAAUGUCAGAGACAACAUGCAGAGAAAGAGGCUAACGCCAAAGAUGUUGAAGAGCAGAGGGAACUAAAUUGGAAGAGAAUAGCAGAUGCUGCCGCACAAAAUGGGGUGGAUGAUAUGGUCACAGAUUAGCUUCCAUAGAUUACUACUGAAACUGCAAGUGUGAAUUUAAUAGAUAGGACUUGAUGAUUGAAGGCAUUAUGCAGUAAAUGAUUGAAGCAACUAUGUAUCAAAAGCUAAAAGGUGAUUGUAAAUUUGUAACUGAAAGUUGCUUAUUCUCAUAUGACACAAUGCCACGAGGUUGAUGGCUGAAAAAAAAAUGUACGUAUUCUAGUCUGGAUAGUUUUCUUUUACAUUCCUUUGAAUGAGAAUAGUUUUAUUUAGGAAUAAAGACAUGAGUUCCAAUAGAUACAGAUCAUAAUCUCCACAUAUUCUAAUUAUGGGUCGCAACUGUGAGGGCAUAUACAAAUACAAUUCACAAUAAUUAUCUUAAGAAAAAAAAGUCAUGCAAUUAUGUAUUUUAGGGUGGGUUGAUCUUUCUCUCUUCGCUAUUUAAUUUUCAUAUGGAAGUAACAAAUGUGCUUCACCGGAAUAUGGGAAGGGAGGGUUCCUCUCAUGAAUGUGGUGUCAGGAUGGACGGCAAAUCGGACCGUGCGACAGACCAGAGUCAACACGGAGGGUCUGUUUUGUGUGUGUGUUAGAACACGUAGGGUCCGUUUUGUGUUCGACAAGGCGCUUGGUCCGAGUUGCUGCAUGUUGGACACGCGGCACUCAUUCGCUGCUCCCCAGACGGUGCCCCACAUACAAGGUUGGUGGAAGGAAAAUAAACACUCACCAUCCGAGUUUCACAUUUCAGCCAUCACUUUCCACUUCCAAACUCCAUUGCUCUUCUUCAUCCUUGUGUUGCUGCUGCUUUGCAUGGUGGGAAAGAAGGAAAGAUGCCCAAAAAAAAUAAAACCAAAGAUGUUGAUCGUCCUGAGUUGCAUAUUACACACU